GCCGCGGGGCGCUCGGGGCCGGGCGGUUGCUAGGGUGACGGGAACACACUAUGGCGAAGGGAUCCUAACGCUCUCCAGUCAGGGACCUCCGCGAAGCUCCAGGAGCCGGACACCGCCUGAGGGAAGCGGCAGGCAGGGCGCCCCCGCUUCCCGCCCUCUUCUCUUCGGUCCUGAGUGGGGCCCGGGGCUGUCGCCGUCGCCCGCGUCCGGGAUGAAGAACUAUAAAGCAAUUGGCGUAAUAGGAGAGGGAACAUUUUCUGAAGUCAUGAAGAUGCAGAGCCUGAGAGAUGGAAACUACUAUGCAUGCAAACAGAUGAAACUGUCCUUUGACAGUAUUGAACAAGUGAACAACCUACGAGAGAUCCAAGCCCUGAGGCGCCUGAACCCACACCCAAACAUUCUCACAUUGCAUGAAGUGGUUUUUGACAGAAAAUCUGGGUCUCUUGCACUAAUAUGUGAGCUUAUGGACAUGAAUAUUUAUGAACUAAUCAGAGGGAGAAGACGCCCAUUAUCAGAGAAAAGAAUUAUGCACUACAUGUACCAGCUAUGCAAGUCACUUGAUCACAUGCACAGAAAUGGAAUAUUUCAUAGAGAUGUAAAACCAGAAAAUAUUCUAAUCAAGCAGGAUGUCUUGAAACUGGGGGACUUUGGGUCCUGCCGCAGUGUCUAUUCCAAGCAGCCCUACACAGAAUACAUCUCCACCCGCUGGUACCGAGCCCCGGAGUGUCUCCUCACGGAUGGGUUCUAUACAUACAAGAUGGACCUCUGGAGCGCUGGCUGCGUGUUUUACGAGAUCGCCAGCCUGCAGCCGCUCUUCCCUGGUGAGAACGAACUGGACCAGAUCUCAAAAAUCCAUGACGUCAUUGGCACACCUGCUCAGAAGACUCUCAUCAAGUUCAAACAGUCGAGAGCUAUGAGUUUUGAUUUUCCUUUUAAAAAGGGAUCAGGAAUACCUCUACUGACAACCAAUUUGUCCCCACAAUGCCUCUCCCUCCUGAACGCAAUGGUGGCCUAUGACCCUGAUGAGCGGAUCACUGCCCACCAGGCCCUGCAGCAUCCCUACUUUCAAGCACAGAGGGCAGCUGAGACACAGACCCUGGCCAAGCACAGAAAAGCUUUCUUCCCCAAGCGUGCUGUGGUACCAGAACCACUCAGUCACAACUGGUCAUAUUCUAAGGAGUGCAGAAUGCAGACACAGCCCUUGAGGCAAGAGGAGGACUAUGUCAGGAGACAAGGACCAGCCAGCUUGAUAGAGCUGCCCAAACUGAAGCUUUCAGGAGUAACCAGACAGUCCUCAUGUCCCAGCCCCACACUGCGGUCAUUACUGGGCCCUGGAACCAAUGAAAAAGUCCCAGUGCUGAGGCCCAUGAAAUGUGUGGACAAGAAGACAGACACACAGGACAUCAAGCCCAACCUGAAACAGUAUCACCUCCCCACGAUCACCAGGAAAGGGGGCAGAUGCUGACCAGCCUGCCCUUGGCUCACCUUCUUGGAGAAUAAGAGCAGGUGUCAUGUGCGGGGUCAGGCCUCCCUGCAGCUGAGAGUGGACGGGGGCCAGAGGACAUCCUUUCUGCACUCUGCACAACGCCAAGUGGCCUGGGACAUGCUGCCUUGCACCCACUUGCAUCCACAGCCCGGAGCCAUGCGUUUGCAAUCCCAAAGCAGCUGUACUGCAUGUUCCAGUUUAAUAUAUUUGUAAAACUGCCUCA